CUCAACAUAUUGUCACCUGAGAAAACAUCCCAGGACCAGGAUCAGUAGCCGGGACCAGAUGGCUGCUUCUCAGGGACCAUUGACCUUCAGGGAUGUGGCCAUAGAUUUCUCUCAGGAGGAGUGGGAAUGCCUGGACCCAGCUCAGCGGAAAUUGUACCUGGAUGUGAUGUUGGAGAACUACAGCAACCUGGCCUCCGUGUCUAUACCAUCUAAAGAUAACCAUGCCUUUAUGCCAAAGUCCAGAAUACAGGAUUUAUUCCCUGAAAUAAUACUGAGUACAAAAAAUGGAGAUAGCAGUUAUCAGUGGAUUGAACAUUGGAAAAAAUUUAAGCAACAGUCAUAUCUUAAUCAUCGGACAAGUGAACUUACAGAGAACCAUCGUAAAAGUGGAAAUGUCCUUGACCAAAUAUCCAGUCACAAUAUACAUCAGGUUAUUCCUAUUGUGGAGAAGACAAACCAAGGAAGUCAAUGUGUCCAGUCUUUUCAACAGUCUUCAAAUUACAUUAGACAAGAGAAUAUUCAUCCUGGAGAGAAGGCUUACAAAUGUACUCCUUGUGAUAGAAUCUCCAGUCAAAUAUACAAUAUAAAUGGACAGGAAAAAAUCCAUAGUGAAGAAAAACUUUAUAAAUGUAAAGAUUCUGGUAAAACAUCUAAUUUGCCUUCAGGUUAUACGCUAAAUCAGAAAAUUCAUACUGGAGAGAAGCCUUAUAAAUGUAAAGCAUGUGGCAAAGCCUUUAAAUGUCGUUCAUCUCUUAUUGUACAUGAGGGAAGAAUUCAUACUAUAGCAAAAUUUUACAAACUCAGGGAAAAUGGAAAAGGCUUUGGUCAGUCCUCAAGACAUACUCAUCAUAGAAAUCACAGGGACGAAAAGUCUUAUAAAUGUUCAGAAUGUGGCAAAGCCUUUAGCCUACCCUCAACCCUUAUUCUUCAUCAGAGAAUUCACACCGGAGAGAAACCUUAUAAAUGUAGAGAAUGUGGUAAAACAUUUCUCCACGCCUCAAGCAUAAUUCGACAUCGGAAAAUUCAUACUGGAGAGAAACCUUACAAAUGUAGCGAAUGUUUCAAAGCCUUUAGUCAGUCCUCCUCCCUUAAUCGUCAUCAGCAUAUUCAUACUGGAGAGAAGCCUUAUAAAUGUACAGAAUGUGGCAAAGCAUUCAUUGAGUCCGCAAACCUUAAACGACAUCAAACAAUUCAUACUGGAGAGAAGCCUUAUAAAUGUAGAGAAUGUGGCAAAGGAUUCAAUGUGGCACAAUCUCUUAAUUGUCAUCAGAGUGUUCAUACUGGGGAGAAGCCUUAUAAAUGUAGAGAAUGUGGCAAAGGAUAUAGUACGGCACAAUCUCUUAAUUACCAUCAGAGAUUUCACACCGGGGAGCAGUCUUAUAACUGUAAUGAAUGUGGCAAAGCGUUUAGGCAUUCCUCAAACUUGUCGAGGCAUAAGAGAUUUCAUACUAGAGAGAAGCCUUUUAAAUGUAAUGAAUGUGGCAAAGCCUAUGCCUAUUCCUCAUCCCUUUGUCGUCAUCAUAGUGUUCAUAGUGGUGAGAAGCCUUAUAUGUGUAAGGAAUGCGGCAAAGCCUUCAGGGUCUCCUCUAACUUAACACGGCAUCAAAGAGUUCAUAGUGGUGAGAAGCCUUACAAAUGCAAACAAUGUGGCAAAACCUUUAGCCGGUCCACAUACCUUACUAAUCAUCAGAGAGUUCAUGCUAGAGAGUAACCUUACAAAUGUUGAUAAUGUAGCAAAAUCUUCAAUGCAUUAUCAACCCUAGGUUAUCAUCAGAGGUCAUACUGCAGAAAAGUCCUGUGAAUCAAGACAAUGUGGCAAAGGCAUUCCUCAGGCCUUCCGGACCAUCAAAUAACCCAUACUGGAGAGAAUCUUCGUGAAUGUAGAGACUGUGGCCAUGCCUUUUGCCAGUCCUCACACUUUACUAAGCAUCAGAGAGUUCACACUAGAGAGAAGCCUUAUUAUACAUGUAGAGAAUGUGGCAAAGCCUACAGGCAUUCCUCAGCCCUUAUUUACCAUCACAGAGUUCAUACUGGAGAGAAGCCUUAUAUGUGUGGAAAAUGUGGCAAGUCCUUUGGCAACACCUCAAACCUCUCAGCACAUCAGAGAGUCCAUAGUGGAGAGAAGUAUUAAAGAUGUGAGGAGUGUCAUAAAUCCUUUACCAACAGGUAGUACUUACUGAGCUCACAGAAUUUUAAAUGGGAAGAAGCCUCCUGAAUGUGAAAAAUGGGUUUUCUAACCCAUUAAAAGGCACACUUUUAUUACUGUACAUGAGACACUUCAUACUGAAGAGAGAACUUAGAAAUGUAGAGCAUGUGCAAGAGCCUGUAACCACAGCUCAAAAUUUAGUGAAUCACAUGUUUAUAGUGGAGGAAAGCUUUACACUAUAGAAAAUGUGAGAAAGUACUGUCUGGCAUUCCUCAGUGGUUUAGCUUUGACGUAUGAACCACAAGGUCAGUGCAAUUCCCUGUCUGGCAUAAGCCCUGGUUGGAGACUAAAUCUUCAUUGUGGGGUAUCCAGGAGCUAGCUGAUCCAUGAUUCCCUCUGAUCGUUGAUAUUUCUAUCGCUCCCUCUCUUUUCCUCUCUGAAAUCAAUAAAAAUAUAUUUUGAAAAAAGUAAAGAAUGUGAGGAAACCUUUAGUUGGUGUUUAUUCCUUUCUGUACACUAGAAAGUUUAUACUAGAGAGAAACCUUGCAAAUGUGAUCUGUGAGAUUAAUCCUUGUCAAUGAAGUCUUAUUUAACCUCAGAGAAGUCAUUUUGAAGGAAAGCCUUAAAAAUAUGUAGAAUGAGGCACAACAUUUAACAAUCCUUGUUGUCUUGCUGAACAUAAGAGUAUUCAUACUGGAGAGAACACCUGUAAAUGUACUGUGUGUGACUUGGAUAAGCAGUGGGGGUGCCCGCACUGUGUUGCUCCUUGGUAGAGCAUGGACCCAUGAACCCGGAAGUCAGCAUUCAUUUCCUGAUCAAAGCUCAUGCCCUGUUUGUGGGCUAGAUACCCAGUAGAGUUCACUCAAAUGCAGCUGAUCGAUAAUUCUGCAUUAUCAUUGCUGUUUCUAUCCCCCUCUCUCUCCCUUCUCCCUCAAAUCAAUACCAGUGAGGUUGUAGUACAAGGCAGGAGAUGUUUCUUACCCAGGAUGCAUAAUUGCCAUGAACUUUGCAUUGGAGAGAGGGCACCUGUUUCUGAGGUGCACUCCUAACUGAACUCAGAAAAUUAAGCUUAUUUUUUUCAUUUCCUAUUACAUAUUCUUCUCUGUGUUAGUCCCUCAUUUUUCUACUCAGCUGAUACUCUUUUCUGCAGUGCUAUAACAAUGGCAUCUAAACCUCUUCCUCUCCCACAUCAGCCCUUCUGGCUUUAGCUUCUGUCCUGUAGUUUGGAAUUUUACUAAUGCAAUAACUGACAUCAGAAUUUGGCAAAAUUUUCCUUUAUAUUUAUGAAGUAGGUAGACCACUAUUCAUGUUUUCAUGCUGGAUCCUAUAGUUUUGAAUAUGACUAUUUAUGGGCAAUUACAAAUUGGCUUCUGUGUCCUUUAUAACUGAAAUGAUGUUUCUUGUCUUGAUUUUUAUUUGUAUGCUUAAGAAUUUCACAGUGUUAUCUCAUUAACGUCUUUCUUAGGUUGGACUCAGCCCGUAUUAGACAGAUUUUAUUCUCCGUGACUUGAAUGUAACUGGAUGUUGGUCAUUUUUUCUAGAGGAACCCCACAGACCAUGGCAGAUUUGCAGUUA